CACCCCGGCUCUGCACGGGCGCUCCGCGCCCCGCGCCGCUGGCCUUCCUCGCCCCCCCCCCUCCAUCGGGGGCCACGCGCCAGAGGAGCGGCCUGGCCUCUCCCUCGUGGCCGUUUGAGGUAGCACAAUAGACGCCCUCAGGACCCGCACUACGAAACACGCCGCGUCGGAAAUUCAAGCUCUCCCGGCCUAGAAGGGGGGAGGCCACGCGCGAAAGAGUCGCGGGGAGGAUGCGGAAUGAUGGGAAAAAGAGGAAAUCAUGCAGGGGAGAGGGAGGGAGACCCAGAGGAUGGGAAGAACAAGAAGAGCACCACCCGUCCUCUGGGCAGGGGUGUCUCGAUGGGCUCUCUCGUCCUCUCCGCUGGCCGCGCUGCAUGGAUCCGAGCGCUCUUGGCACGGAUGGGCCCGCAACCUGCAAAAUCUGUACUGGGCCAAAACACGGGUCUGUAUCAGCAGAAUCGGACGACCCGCUUCGCCGGGUUCGCGGGAGUCUGCGCGAAGAUCGCCACAUUCCCGGAGGAUGUGGACUCUGCUGCAGCCGGCCGGGGCGGCAAUAUCUGCUAG